GUAUGCUAAUAGCAUACAAUAGCGCCAAGUGGCGCCUUGGAUGGUUUCGAACACAAACCAGCAACAGAACGAAGUUCACCGGUUCAGCUAAAAAUACAUGUAAAUGAUAAAUAAGUAAUGCAUUUUCCUCAAACGUUAUCAACCAAUAAUUGUGUUAACUUCAGAAUUUUGUCAACAAUUUCGGAAUGCUGAAUCAUUCUCCAUUGAGGGGCCUACUUAUUAAUUUGUGAAUGACAUCCUUAAUUCAAUGUUAUGAAAUGUAAUAACACAGUAGACUAUCUCAUUAGUAUUACUGUAUUUGUAUAUAAGUUCGGAGAUUUCCAAAAGAUAACAAUAAGCCUUUGGCACUCAUAUUCGAAACACUUGGACUUGGAGUACCCUGAAUCAAAAUGUUGAAAACAUCGGUGUUCGUGUGUUGUUUAUAUUUCUGUGCUUUGACCCCCUACUUAACGAAUGUAAGUACAUUUAAACAUGGCUAAUAAAAAAUAGCUUUAGAAUUUCAUGAAAUAAAUGGAAAAUAUAAAAGUAUUUAAUAUUUUUGUGUAAUCAGUACCCAUAGCAGUUACCGUUGCGAGAUUAUAAUAUACUUUGCUGCAACAACAUUUGAUAAAUAAGCAAUUUUAAAUGCAAAUACACUGACAACUGAGCGAAAACUUGAUCUGUUUUGCUUAUUUCUAUCAUCUUACCUUUAGGCACUGACAGCUGAGCAGAUGGCGCAAAUCCACGCUCACUUUGAAGCUGUUGGCAAAAUUUGCGUCAAGGACAAUCCUAUCGGCGCAAAGGAUAUUGAAAGUCUUAGAGCACGUCAGAAACCUUCAGGCGAAAAUGCCCCGUGCUUCUUAGCUUGCUUGAUGAAGAAUAUUGGAUUCAUGGAUGCGAAUGGUAUGCUGCAAAAAGAGUCUGCUCUCGAACUAGCCAAAAACAUCUUCCCUGAUCCUGAUGAACUGAAAAUGGUUGAAGACUACCUACACUCCUGCUCUCACAAUUUGUCGGCGUUUUGGAAGUGUGUCGUCGAUGUACGAAGUGUAAGGCGUCGUCCCGCUUCCUCAAUGGCGAAAUUCCUACUUCAUGAACUUAAAGUAUGUGCAUAAUCGGGUUUCCGACAAAUGUUAGUAGUCAUU